AUGGAAGGCGCCGCCUCCGGUGGCCGGGCCGCCCCCGCGCGUAUGACCACCAUGUCGCGGCACUACUUGGGAGGCAGUGCGUCCGAGCGCCACCACGACCUCAGGGUCGACAUCAUCGAGAACAUCGAAGAGGACUACGGCAUGUUUGUCUGGCCAUGCAGUGUCAUUCUUGCAGAAUGCAGGCCUGGCAAGGCAGUGGUGACCUCAGACCUGCCCAUGGGCGCAGGGCUCGGCUCGUCGACGGCAUUUUGUGUGUCCAUGUCAGGGGUGCUAUUGACGGCUGCUGGCGCAGUCAGUGUUGGAGCGCGCAGGGGUGCCGAGGGGUGGGAGGAGUUGGAGAAGGGUGAUCUUGAGCUAGUCAACCAAUGGGCGUUCCAAGGGGAAAAGAUCAUUCAUGGCAAGCCUUCUGGCAUCGACAAUUCCGUCAGCACUUUCGGUGCUGAGUUGCUAGAUGAAAAUAUUUCAUCGGAAAGUGAAGACUUGGACGAUGGAACAGAAGAAAACAUGGAGAUUUUAUCUGAUGCAAACAAACAUGAUGCUAAUGAAGAUGUCAAAGAGGAAGAUGAAGCGUCUGAUGAAGAUGGUACAGGUCAAGAUGUCUGCAAAGAUUUUUAUUUUUCUCGAAUGAUAUAG